AUGCUGGUGGAGGGCCUGACCAACUCCAACCUCGAAGUUGCCAGCGUGGAAAGGAUGUUGUUCGACCACACUGGGGGGCAGCAGGACGCCGUGGACGAGGCGAUCGCCAGCGUGGCAGCGAUCAAACGCAAACAAGAGACAGAUACAGAAGAAAAAAGAUUGACCCCAGAAAAGAAGUUCUGGACAAACAUCAAAGAUAACGGUUUCGACUUCGACGCCCGUGGAUAUAAGGGCAAUCCAGUUGCAGGGAGAUUUCAGCGUUAUUUGAAGGCCAACCCAGCUAAGCACGACGAGUACCAGAGCGCCCAGGGCCCCGAUGCAAAGAGAGCAUUUCGCCAGACUUGGGCGAAACAGCAGCACGACAAGGUUGUAACCAGCAAAAGCUACACUGAGUCUGAGAUCCUGGAGGAAUUUCGGGGCAGCGCCUACCGCCCCUUGGGGCGCAUCGCGGUCGAAGAGGGAGGCGGGGCCCAGGGAAUGAAGAAUGCAGUCGAUUGGGCCUUGACCUGCUUGGAUAUGGGAUGCCCGCGCUUCAAAUAUUGCAGCCGUGCGCAGAGCGCACGCUUCUUGUACGUGGAGGAGGGCUUCAGGGAGUCCAUGGUGAGGAACUGGUCUCUCAG